AUGGGAAAUCCAACGGCGAAGAGAGUGUUGCUGACAUCUAACGGCGACGAGGUCUCCCGGAACCUCGCUUUCCAUCUAGCCAAGCACAGUUGCCGGUUGGUUAUGAUGGGAGACGAGGGUUCUCUCCGGAGCAUUGCAGAGCACAUAAGAGACUCCAUUGAUGGAUCCUUCCCAGUGGAGGUCAUUGGGCUCGACAUGGAAGCUGAUAGCCAAGAUGCUUUCGAUGUGGCUGUCCAAAAGGCAUGGACUUGUCUUGGAAAUUUCGAUGCUUUUAUCAACUGCUAUACCUACCAAGGGAAGAUGCAGGACAUUCUUGAGGUGUCUGAAGAUGAGUUCAAGAGAAUCACAAAGACCAAUCUCACGGCCCCAUGGUUCCUCUUGAAGGCCGUGGCCACAAGGAUGAAGGAACAUGGAUCAGGUGGUUCCAUUGUCUUUCUCGCCACAAUCGCCAGCGGAGAGAGAGGCCUCUAUCCCGGAGCUGAUGCCUACUCUACUGCCUCUGCUGGAAUUCAUCAGCUGGUUCGGGCAUCCGCCAUGAGUCUUGGGAAGCACAAUAUUCGGGUCAACAUGAUCUCUCGAGGGCUGCAUCUGGGCGAUGAAUAUCCAACUUCCGUGGGGAGAGAUCGAGCGCAGAAGCUGGUGAAGGCCGCUGCUCCACUCGGGCAGUGGCUGGACCCGGCUAAGGAUCUCUACUCCACAGUGAUCUACUUGAUCAGCGACGGCUCACGCUUCAUGACAGGCACCACUGUCUUGGUGGAUGGAGGGCAGUCUCUUAUGAGACCCCGUUUCAAAUCCUUCAUGUGA